GAUUCAGCCACAACCCUCUAUGAACAGCCAUAAUUUCAUGAGCCACCCGUGCCUCCGGACGGACUCCGACAUCAAGGCACAACAGAAAGUGUUCAACAAAGUUUGACGAGCCAAAGAGCUGGAUAUUCGGAUUUGGUUGAUUUAAUAAGUGAAGAUUAAAUAAAAAUUGAAAUUUAAAAGUUAUUACUCAACACUUAUUUCCAUCCGUCUACUUCAAAAAUAUAGUCCCCCAAUCCCGUCCAUCAACAACCUCCCACCUUACCACCUCACCACCUCACACAUAGCAACCAUGUCCCCCUCAACCCUCACCCGCGCUCUGCGCUUCAACCCAACCUCUGUCAACAAAUUCGUUUCCUCAACUUCUUCCUCCAGCAGCGCCGCAUCUCGUUUCUUCACCUCCAACUCCUCGUCUGCGCGCCAAUACUCCACAUUCCGAAAUGCAUUUGCACGAACUCGUUUUGCGGGAAAGCAAACAAAGAGAUUCCAGAGUACAGAGGCUGCUGCUGCAACUGCCACUGCGCAGGUUAGUUGGUUCAAGAGAAUGUGGGAUAGUCCGAUUGGAUUGAAGACUGUGCAUUUCUGGGCUCCCGUCAUGAAGUGGGCACUCGUCUUAGCAGGUAUCUCUGAUCUUGCUCGUCCCGCCGAAAAGCUUUCUCUCACCCAGAACGCUGCCCUCACUGCUACUGGUAUCAUCUGGACUCGAUGGUGUUUAAUCAUCAAGCCAAGAAACAUUCUCCUCGCAACCGUCAACUUCUUCCUCGGUAUGGUCGGUGUCGUCCAAGUAACCCGUAUUCUCCUCCAUCAACGCAGCGAAAAGGACAAAUCUCUCACCGAUAAAGCAGCAGAGGUCGGCCACGAAGUCAAGGGAAAGGUCGAGGAUGCUAUCAAAUCAUAAAUAUACAUCUCACAAUAAAGAUAUGAUAUGGGAGAAUAGCUCAAUUUCCAUGAAUAGCCAAAGGAACUCCUCAUAGAGAACUGAAAACAAGGCCAUACUCAAGUUCCAUAAAGAGCACAUUUGCGAACUCUCUUUCUCUUCUACUUUUCGUUCGUGCAGGCGAAUAGAUAAAGAAAUUUCGAAUUGAGCAAAACGUAGUACAGAGAAUCUCAUUGGUGCGAGGCUUCUUUUUUAUUUGCAUUCUUUUUUCUUCUUCUUGCGAUGCGAUGCGAUGCGAUGCGAAAUCUACAUUCUGAAAGUUAUGGUAUAUGAGAGGGGCGAAAGUAUAUUUCGGUGAAUUAAUCAAUAGUUCAUCACAAAUAGCUUUAGCGUGGAUGAGUGUAAAGCCGGGAAGAGGAGAGCUGGAAUUGUACACUACUAUACUAGUACUGAAGUUUCACCAAUUCGAAAAUUCUUUCUUUCCUGGUGACUUUGUGGUAUGUGUUCUUGAUGCUUUGUGCGAUGUGCUAUGUUGGAUUGGUAUACUACGGAGGAAUGGGAUGGGAUGUGAAUGAGAUAUGUGAUUUGGCAUAGAAAUCGCUUGUCUAUUCCAGCUCCAAAUCACCAUUUAUUUAGCGAGGAAUAUACGAAGCAAGUUCGCAAGCACUCUGAGUAAUAAUUUACGCCGAAAAGCUCUA